AUGUCGGUUAGAUUCGACGACGUAGACCUCAACUCCGCUGUCGAUCCGCUCGAACGGAACGACGAGUCCCGCCGGGCUAACCUCCCGGCUUCACCUACCUUUGAAACCCUAACGGAGGGUCUGCCCGGCCCGGGUCGGGUCGACGGGGGUUUAGGAUCCGUAGAUGGAGGGAAGAAGAGUGGGAUAGCGGAAAGGGGAUAUGUGAACGAAGGGAACGAUGCAAGAUUCGUUGAUAUGUCGGAUGGAGGUGAGAUUGGUGGAAAUGAUGGUGGUGUAGUAAGUGAAGAACAUAGUAAAGAUAUUGAACAGAUACCAGAUGUUGAAAAAGUAGGUCAGUUUCAGGUGUCUGAUCUAGUAUGGGGCAAAGUAAGGGGGCAUCCAUGGUGGCCCGGGCAGAUAUUUGAUCCUUCAGAUUCAUCAGAAAAGGCAGCGAGAUACUGGAAAAAGGAUAGUUUUUUGGUUGCGUAUUUUGGGGACCAGACAUUUGCUUGGAACGAUGCAUCGCGUGUAAGGCCGUUUCGAACGUAUUUCGAACAAAUGGAGAAGCAGAGCACUUCAGAAACAUUUUGUCAUGCGGUGGAUGGUGCUUUGGAUGAGGUUUCCAGACGAGUAGAAUUUGGUCUGGCCUGUACAUGCUUGUCAGAGGAGUUGUACGGUAAGAUUAAAAUUCAAGUAAUUGAUAAUGAUGGUAUUCACAGAGAAACUCGUGAAAGAGAUGGCAGGGAUGAAUAUUCGAGUGCUGCCUCCUUUUCGCCUUUGAAUUUUUUGCAGUAUUUGAAAGCCUUGGCACAAUCUCCACAUGGUAGAACUGGUAGAUUGGAAUUUGCUAUAGCGCGGGCUCAGUUGCUGUCUUUUAACUGUUGGAAGGGUUAUCCGCCGUCCAAAAUGCUUGAUAACUUGUGGGAGGAUGAGAGCCACAUUCCUGUGACAGAGGAGAUAAUAGGUUCUGAGGGAGAGAUCGAGGAUGAGUUUUGCAUUCCCAUGGGCGUUGAUCAAAUUCUUUUGGGAAAAGAAAAGGCAUUGGUUCAAAAUAAUUCUUCUCGAAAGUGUAAGAACAUCUCUGGUAGUAGCCUGUCCCCCAGGCAGAAAGAGAGACGUUUAUCAGACUUGAUGUCACAGGGCUGCUCAUAUUUAGCAAAUGAGGAGAAUCGAACUGGGGCAAUACCUCGGAGGAAGAUGGAUUCUUCUUCUGUUAAAAAACGCAAGACUGGCGAUUCUCUCUCUGAUGGCUCAAAUGUGAAAACUAAGAACGCAUCCGUGCCACAGGUGACUAGAAAGCAGUUUUCAGGAGUUGAGAAUGAUUCCAAAGGAAAUAUAGGUGAAAAAGGAGGCAAAAAUCAAUAUUUCCUGACCAGAUCUGGGAGAUUACAAAGAAGAAAGAUCCUCGUAGGGGAGUAUCCUUCUGCGGAUGAAAUGCUCUCGCAAAUCUACAUGGCUGCCAGAGAUCCUUCGAAAGGGUACAGCUUAUUGAUUUCUACUGCUAGUUUUUUCUCUGAUUACAGGGAUUCAUUUUGCUUGGAGAGAUCCACUUCCUCUGCGGACAAAAUAUCAACUGGGAAAGCAUCAGGCGAGCAGACUUGUAGACGGUCAUCUAACUUGGGAACUGCCAAAACAUCUGAUUUUGAGGGCAUUGAAGACUCGUAUUGGACUGACAGGAUCAUCCAAAGCAAUCCUGAAGAGCAAGUAUUAUUUGAACCUGAGACCCUAACCAAAAACGGGGCCCUUGCUGUGGAACCACAUUAUAGUCCAGAAUUGGGAUGCAAACAGGAGACCGGCCAUCUGAAUUCUCAGUCAGAGGCAAACUCAGCUGUUUAUGUGGAGCCGAAAUUGGAAGAGGAAUACACUCCUACUGCACUUAUUCUGAACUUUACGGACUUGGAUUCUGUUCCUUCAGCAUCAUAUCUGAACAAUGUAUUCAACUGCUAUGGACCCUUGGAUGAAUCGGACACUGAGGUGCUGGAGAAUAGCAAACGUGCUAAAGUGGUCUUCAAGAGACGUUCUGACGCUGAAAAUGCUUUCUGCAGCACUGGGAAAUUCAGCAUUUUCGGGCCUUCUCUAGUCAGUUACCGUCUCAAUUACUUGCCUUCUUAA